AUGGACACUACUGUGUCAAAAGCCCUGGCAUCUGCUAUGGACAUUAUGUCCUCAUCUAUCUCAAAAUCAUUUGCACAAGCGAUUUUACAAGCCCAAUCAGCGGCCCCUCCGGCAGCUAUACCAGCCGCGAUACCCACUGUCUCUCAUCCUACACACCCAGGCCGCAAGGCCUCGGCCAAAGUAAGGCACUCAUCCAAAAAAAUGAUGGACAGUUCGAAACCUGUCACCGAUGGCGCGCAUAAUGAUCCACCGCGCAAGAGAGCCUCUAGCCGGGCAAAAGCGGCUAUGCAUUGGAAAUGGGCAAAAGCCCAGCAAGAUUACUGA